AUGGGAGUCAAAGAGUUCACCUUAUUAGGCACAACGCAGUGUCAAAAUGUCAAACUGGAGGUCGCAUUAUCCGACGAGAUGAGUGAUCUCAAAUCCGAUCUUGCCAAUCUAUUUGCUAUUACCGACGCAACUGCCAUCUCACUUCACGGCUCAGCCGACAUUCUCGAAACCAUUGAAAAUGUCAUCGACCACCAAGGCAAGAUCGGCCUCAUGGUGGAUGGGUCUCCAAUUCGUGCACCACAUGCUCCCAAAGAACUCCCUUUCCUCGGUAACCACUUCGAGAUUUACCCAGACCACAUGGGAAAUCAUGACCGUCUUUUCACACAAUAUGGCAGCGUCAUCAAGACGGUAAAUAUGGGAACAACAACUUAUCUCACCAAUAGCCCUUCUGUCUCGGAGGCCGCCUUGAGUGAAAGCGAAUACUUCACCAAAACAACAUCAGACCCAUCACACCCUUUAUACCACAUGAGAGAUAGUACGGCCCUCUUCAUGUGUGACACAUCGUCGCCUGCAUUUCAUCUCGCCCACAAGUUUAUUCCGCCCAGCAUGACUCCCAACGCCGUUCGCCAAUACACACCAAACAUGCAGCAAGCCAUCGAGGAGUGCUUCUCUGUUUUUGACGAACUAGACAGGCAGGACAAGGCUUUUCAUGUAUAUCAGUACAUGUUUAAGCUCGCCGGUCAGAUCAUCUAUCGCAUUGUGCUUGGUCUGGACGUCGGCCAUUUCAAGACCAUUGACACGCCUGCUCAUGAAAUUAUCUACCUACUCGGGGAGUACAUGCUGCUGAUGAAAAAGACGUCUCUCAGCCCACAAUGGUACAAAUACUUGCCAUUUGGCGACCACCGCCGUCUCCAAGAGGUUAAAAAACGCGCGUGGGCUCUGGUCGAUGAAGCCAUUGACAAUGCUGAGGUUGGCGGGGGCGGGAAAGACGCUCCCAUUCAGGAGGUCGCCCUUGAUUCUACUUGUAUUGCAGAUUACCUAAAACGUGCGGUGGACGAUGAGGGCAACAAGCUUCCUCCGGAGUAUCGUCUCACAAAUAUUGUUGUGUUGAUUGGUGCCGGAUUCGUUACCAGCUCUUCACUGCUCUCGUGGAUCAUCUACGCCCUCGCAAAGUACCCAGGCAAUCAGGAACGGCUUGUACAAGAGCUCGUUGACCAUGGUGGCUCGUCCACAAAAACCUGGUCCUACGAUGAGAUCAAUUCUCUCCCCUUCUUAGAUCACUUCGUCAAGGAGACUCACCGCCUGCACAACCCAUCAUUCCAAACGGCCCGCAACACGAAGAAGGACGUCAUCGUCCCGGGAGGCUGGCAAAUGCCAGCCGGCGCAAUUGUCAUCCCGACAUUCCCAUCUAUCCACAAGAACAAAGACCAUUGGGAGAACCCGGAGCGCUUCGAUCCGGACCGCUGGGCCGACGAUGCGACCAGCAAGAAGAGACACCGUCGGGCAUUUACACCAUUUGCCGCUGGACCCCGAGGCUGUGUGGGCCUCAAUGUUGCAAAAUUGGAGGCAAAAUUGGCACUUGCAAAUCUGGUGUAUCGCUAUCAUUUUACCGACGCUAAUAAGGAACCGAUGCAGUAUGAUCCCGAGUUCCUUGUCAUUCGGCCGUUGAACUGCUAUGCAAGAGCCCGCAAGAGGACUAGUUGGCCGGCAAAGUUGCCGACAGGGGCUUGA